CUGGACCUGACCCAGUUCCCUUUCUGCCCGCCCCCAGCAACGAGCAGCACCGGUGGACGCCCGGUGGACGCCGUGCGGUAGCCCCGGAGAACAGCCAGUAGCAAGCUCGGCUCCGGGCAGAGGGAGGAGCGGGAAUGGAGUCCCUGCACCCCCGGAGCUUCUGCUUCCCCGAGGCUCUCCCGGGCGCCCCGGCCAAAGCCCCGUGUCCGAGCGGCGCCAGCAUCUCGCUGUGGACGGUGGUGGCGGCCGUGCAGGCGGUGGAACGGAGCGUGGACGCCCACACCUCGAGGCUGCUCAGCCUGGAGCACCGGGCGGUGACCGCCGAGAAGAAGUACUUGGACUACGAGAAAACGGUGGUGGAUUUCGGGAACCAGCUGGAGAGCAAACUGGCCGUGCUGGGCACCCUGAUCCAGGAGUACGGGCAGCUCCAGCGGCGCCUGGAGAACGUGGAGAACCUCCUCAAGAACAGAAACUUCUGGAUCCUGCGGCUGCCUCCUGGGGGGGAGGUCUCCAAGUUGCAGGCCCUGGUGGAGAGCAAGGUCACAUCCUUCUCUCCUGAGGAGUGGGAGAGUCUGGAGAGCUGGCAGAGGGAGCUGUACACCAACGUGCUCAGAGGGAAGAAUGAAGCUCUCAUCUCCCUGGAUGAUGCAAUCUCCAAACCUGACCUCCUGGCCCAGCUUCAGAGGGUGGAAGCUCCCUGCAAUGAGAUUGAGACGGCUUCGAGAGAGGCUCUGGCAGAACCAAGUGCAGCCCACAGCUUCCCAGAGCUGAGCCCUGUGGGUGGUGUGAAGCAGGAGGCCGAGCCGUGUGUGGAGGAGCGAGAAGCCACGGAGGCUGCGGAGCUCACGGAGCUCAGUGUGGUUCCGGUGGAGGAGGUGGUGACGUUCAAAGUGGAGCAGCAGGACACUGAGGAAUGUCCCCAGAGCUCCCAGCCCCCCCUGGCUUCAUCAGGAGAGUCAGAGGAGCUGCUUUUCCAGGUUCCCAGCGGGGCACUGCCCUUUGAUCAUCAGAACAGCUCUCCUGUGGAGCAGGGAAACCAGAACAUGAGCAGGCUGCUCUCAGCCACACCAGGGGGAGAGGACCUCAGUGACAGCAGCGCUGUCAUCUUCUGCAGGCAGAACGGUGCCAGCAAGAGGCCUCACUCCUGUACAGCAGGUGGGAAGGGCUUCUCUCUAAGCAAGAUGUGGGUGGCACCCCAGGAGAGCCACAGCACACAGUGGGGCAGAGAGCACACUGGAGAUGAGCAGGGCUGCCUCCAGCCCCAGCACCCACUGCCCCAUGUGGAAGGCAGGAGCCAUGUGGAGCACAGGGCCCUCCUGCAGGAUAUGAUCCGUGUGGAUGGUGAGACCCAUGUGGAGAGCGGGGCCUUCAUGGAGGGCAGGACCUGCAUGGAAGGCAGGACCCACGCAGCAGACAGGACUCACACAUCCAUGGAGAGGUUCAAGCAGACCCAGAACACAAAACCCCCCGCCGGUGCCCCAGCCCUGGAGGUGCCCAGCAGCCUCAGGUGCACGAAGAGCGUCGCCAGCGGCGUCAGCUGCAAGGCAGGGCGCAGGCUCCACCGAUGGGGCAGGACCUACAAGUGUGACAAGUGCCAGGAGUGCUUCUCCGAGAAGAAGACCCUGGUGGUGCACCAGCGUGUGCACUCGGGCCGGAGAGGAGGGGUCCUGUGGUGCCCAUACUGCGGCAAGACCUUCAGCCACCCCUCCAACCUGAUCCGGCACCAGCGCAUCCACACCGGGGAGCGGCCCUACCCCUGCCCCGAGUGCCCCAAGCGCUUCACCCAGAAGCAGCACCUGCUCCAGCACCAGAAGAUCCACCUGCGCCAGCGGAGCUGCCCGCCCGCGCCGGGCACUUCAAGGAUGAGUCUGAGGCGCACGGAAGACUCCAGGCCGCUAGACGCAGGUAUCCAUGGCCAGAGCAGGGACCUGUGCGGGCAGGGGGGUUCAUGUGCUGUCACUUCUUGCUUGGUGGCCAAAGUGGUGAACAGUGACUGGUUCUGCUUUGCUGUGCUGAAGGAGAGUCCCCUGGCAGUUGGCAUUUGGUACCUGAGGAGCCUGGGUCUCGUCCAACAAGCAGGGGGCGCCGCAGUGCGUGUCACGGGCUGCGGCAGGGGGCGCUGCGGGACCGGAGCGGCGGGGCCGGGCCGGGGCUGGGCCGGGGCUGGGUCGGUGUCAGCGGCGGCGGGGCCGGGCUCGGCGGGCUCGGUGUGGAUCGCUGGGGCCGGGCCGGGCUCGGCGGCCAUGGCCGGUCCCCGUGUCGGGCAGGAGGAGGCGGUGGCGGCGCGGCUGCUCCGGUUGGAAGCCCGGUUGGCGCGGGCGGAGCGGCAGCUGCGGGCCGCGCUGGCUCUGCGGGGCCGGCUCCAGGCGCUGGAGCGGCGGCUGGAGAGCGGCGGCGGCGGCGGGGCGGCCCCGCGGGCGGCGGCCAGGCGCGGCCCCGGGCGGGAGGCGGCGCGGCCCCGGGCGGCGCGGGGCCCGGUGAGCCUGGAGGACGUGUGGGUGCAGUUCGGGCAGCGCGAGUGGCGGGCGCUGCGCGGCUGGCAGCGAGCCCUCAACCGCGCCGUGCUCCGCAGCAACGCCCGGCCGCUCCUGCCCCCCGAGCCUGGCACCCCCAGACGCGAUGCCCGGGCCCGGUGGGAAGAUGGGAACCAGCCCUGCGAGGAUGAGAACGGGAGAGGUGACCCUGUGGAGAGUGGCAGCGAGGACAGCAUAAUCCAGAUUAAGCAAGAGGAAGAGUUGUGUGCUGCGGAUCAGCAGGAGGAGGAGGAGGCUGGAGGAGCUCCUGAGGAGCCCUGCCCGGCAGAGCAAACGUUUUACGAGCCUGAGGCUUCAGGCCAGCCCAAGCAAGGCCAGGAGAGCUGUGCUGAGGAGGGCCAGGACCUCCCGAGGGACCCCGAGGCAGGGUUCCAGCCUUACCCAGCCCACGUUUUGUCCUGGAUUAAACAAGAGGAGGAGCCACGGUGCCCUGAGCCACGAGGCCUGGAGAGAGAGGAAACCUCUGCAGGUGCAAGUGCAGUGCACGAUGAGAGCUCCAAGACAGACCCCCCAGCAGAUUGCUUUGAAAGCACAACCUGUGAGCCAGAGCUGCCAGUAAGACCUGCAGAGAAGUUUUCCAAGGACCCUAGCCCUGGAGUGACAUGGGAUGGUCAGUGGCCUUCAGAAAUGAUGGAAGCCAGCAGCAGUGGGAGCGGCCUCGGGGCCGAGGCGCGGUACGAGCGAGGCUUUGCCGAGCACCUGGAUUUCUUCAGCGCUCAGGAGAGCAGCCUUGGGAAGAGACCCUGCCCCUACAGCAGAGGUGAGAGGGGCUCCAGCCAGCUGGAGCAGCUCCAGCCUCCCGUGGGAGCCCGAGAAGGGGAGGCAUUCCCAGGCCCCACGUGCGAGAGGAGUCUCAGCGAAAGGGUUUUCCACCUGCUGCACCCCCAGCCCUGCGCGCAGGGCGAGAGGGAGGCGGGGCUGGGGGCUGCCAGCGCCCCCUGCGGGGGGCUGCAGCCUGUGCGCGGCCAAGCCCCGAUGGACAGAGCCAGGCUGGCCGCCCACGAGGGGCUGAGCGCAGAGGAGCAGCCCUCAGUAGAAGGAGAGGAGAACUUCCCGGGGGAAAACCCCUUGGGCAGCCCCUGCUGGGACCACCCCCCGGACAAACCGGAGGGCUGCCUGCGCUGCCGGCAGCCCCGGGGCAGCCCGGCCAGCCAGCAGCAGGGCCAGGGCAGGGGCAAGUCCUACAUCUGCAGUGACUGUGGGAAAAGCUUCGUGUGCCACUCGUGGCUGGUCCGGCACCAGAUGACCCACACGGACGAGCGGCCCUACAAGUGCUCCGAGUGCGACAAGAGCUACCGGCGCAAGGACUACCUCCUGAACCACCAGCGGCGCCACUCGGGGCAGGGCCUCUUCCAGUGCCCGCUCUGCAGGAAGAGGUUUGUGCUCAGGAGGAGCUUCAUGAAGCACCAGGAGAGCCACGUGCAGGAGACACACCUGAGCCUGGCUGGCUGGCCCUGCACGGAGAUCAGGGGGUCUGUGAUGCACUCCAUAUAGAAACGCCCAGCCAGGCCUUGGCCCUCAGCGCUGCCGGGCUGGAAGCAGGCUUGUGGCAGGAUGCCCCAGCUCUGAGGUGGACCAUGAGUGGGAGGUGGGAGGCUGCCCGACGGCCAUCCUGAGCCCCUUCCCAGGUAAAGGGAGAAGGUUGAGGAGGUUAUUUUCCACUGCAGAGCUGUUUGAUGGCUCUCACCGGUGCCUGGGGCUGUUGGGGAUGUGGUGGAGCUUUGGAGGAAGGUCUGUGGCACUCAGUAAUGAAUCCACGUGAGGAAGAAGUCACCCGCACAUGGAACAAACUCUAAUGCUCCAAGCUGGAGAAGGUCUGGAAUGUCAUGCCUGUGCUGCUGAGGGUUCCUGGGCAGGGCUCAGAACGAAGCCACUAAUUGUCCAUUCACAAGAAAAACAGCUCCAGGAAACCCCCUCUGGGUGUGAAAUGCUUCCAGAAAGGAAGUGUUGAGCCUGUGGCUGUUUGAGAAAAGCCUCUUCAGGAAGAGGGGAAGCAGAGCCUGAGAGGCAGCCUGUGGGGCUUUUGGGCUGCCAAACCCUGAGGAGGGGUUCCUGAAGUCUGGGAUUGUAAGAUGAGCCUGGAAUGUGGUUUUCAUUCUGCAUAGCCUUAAAAGUUGUGUUGCACUUAGCUUUACCACCUUGUUCUAGGGCUCCUGCCUUGGUUCAGUGUUCCAAAUCCUGUGAAAACAGAACGUUUGGAGAGCUCCUUACAGGUUCCCUGCCAGAAAACUGUGGUUUUGCUCAGAGUCAGUGUCCCUGCAGGCUGCUGAGAGCAUGACAUGUCGUGACACUGCAAGGAGAUGAUUCAUUUGGUAAUAAAAUA